AUGCUGCGACCUGCGUCCAAGGGAUGGCGUCUCGUUUAUAGACCCAUGAUUCGCACCUGCAAUUCCUUCCCACACACCGUCUUGCGUUUCUCGACCUCGUCUACCAUGACCAAGGAGACCACACCACCUCCAGACACCUCCGCCGCCGCCGUACACGAACCUCCAUCUCUCCCUGCAUCCCCGCUCCCAAAGCGAACAAAAACAACAGAACCCGAUUCGAGCAUUGCCUCCGUCAUGGCUUCGUCUACCUCCAAUGGCACCGCCGUCACAUCCAUCUCGCAGCCCCAGCCACCGCUGAUGGUGAAAAAGCUGGUCGAGUCAGCCACGGCGCCCACGCGCGGUUCUGCGUUUGCUGCGGGAUACGACAUUUACAGUGCAAAGGAGGCUGUUAUCCCGGCCAAGGGCAAGGGUCUUGUUGACACGGGGCUGGCUAUUGCUGUUCCAGAGGGCACAUACGGCCGCAUUGCGCCGCGCAGUGGCCUCGCGUCCAAGAACUUUAUCGACACCGGUGCCGGUGUGAUUGAUGCGGAUUAUCGCGGCGAGGUCAAGGUCUUGCUGUUUAACUUUUCCGAUGUCGACUUUACGAUCAAACAGGGAGACCGAAUCGCCCAGCUUGUGUUGGAAAGAAUUUAUACCCCAGAUGUCCUCGUGGUGGAACAGCUCGAAGAGAGCGUGCGUGGCGUCGGAGGGUUUGGCAGCACUGGCAAAUAG